AUGUCUUCGGCAACAGCACCCUUGUUGGCGCCAUACACAGCCCCGCCACCGUAUCAGUCUCUACAUCUCAUAACAUCAGUCCUCGGGUCAACGAGCAAUUGGCUUGUGCUGAGGUGCCUCUGUGAUACUCUACAGAUACCUUUGCGGAGAGGAGGUAAUAUCGAUGGCCUGGAAGAUACAGCUGGCCUCGAAAGAGACGACUCUGUAAAAAGAUCCAAAAAACGAAAGGUCGUGCUUGUCAGUUUCCUUCGGGGUUGGGAAUUCUGGAGGGCGGAGGCAAGGAGAGUGGGUCUUGAUUUGAAUAAAUUAUCCAAGGAAGGGAGAUUCUCGUUCGUUGAUGGGGUAACCAACCUCUUUUCCCCCUCCCCUGCACUUCAAACGCCGAAGUCUGUGGCGCCAGGAGAAGCUCUGGCGGCCUCAACUCGCGCUAGAAAGAGCUCAAUAUCUUCACCUUCUUUCCCACUACCUGAUAGAACUCCUCCGAAGUCGUCAUCACAGGUUGCCCGCGCCCCCAAGCCGGGACCAAUCUCAUUUUCUGGCAGAGCCAACCCGUUACUUGCUCGCCCAGCACCCCCAACACCACCUAUUUCUUCUGCUCCUCCUACGGUAUUUGCUACGCCAGAGUCUUCUAGAAAUGAUAACCGCCAUAGCCAGAAUAUACGGAUGCUACGCUGGGCACCAUCUGCGGGAAAUUCUGGUGGCUUGGACGGGGUGGAGAAGGUCAUUACCUCUGCCAUAGCAGACAUCUGCAAGGGGCAGGAAACCCCGGAACAGGCUGGUGAUAAUGAUGUGCUCCUUGUCCUCGACCAGCCGGAUUUCCUUCUCGCAUCCACGGGCCCCAGCAUGCAAGUCGGUUCCACUGAGAUGGGUGAAUUGAUUAUGGGAUUGAGACGUCUUGUCCAUUCUACAAUUAUCACUGUGGCGGCUGAUUCGCCGCUCAUGCACAGUAGCCAACAACCCACACCACUAGAAAUAGAACAUUCAGCGUUGGUGGUGUCACUUGCCCACCAAGCGCAAAUGGUUAUGCAGCUGAGAGGGCUUGACACCGGCGUGGCCAGAGACGUGAGUGGAGUGUUACGGGUGAGUAAAGGAGGAGCGUUAGCGGACACAGACACCCUUAAGAAUGGGGAGAAUGACGAUACUUGGGAGGAGAAAGAGGUCUUAUACUUUGUCCAAAGUGAUGGAUCUGUGAAAGUAUUUGGACGCGGUGAAUAG